AUGUCCAUGUAUGAGUACAAAACGUUCGGACCUUAUAUUUCACUCACUCCUAAAAAUCAAGACAAACUAACAUAUUAAAUCAGUUUGUUUUUCGUCUUGUUUUAUUGUAAUAUCGGUCACUUCUAUUUGAUGUGUUAAAAUAACAAUGGAAGAAUGGAAAAAAAUCGCAUUAAUGACAGCCUCGUUUGCGUUUGUUCAACAAAUCAGACCUCUCGAUCCGUUUUUGUCAGAGUACCUAACAGGAGCAGACGUCAAUGUAACCUUAAACGAAGUGGCAGACGAGCUAGUGCCAAUUCAAAUACACUUGCAAAUAUUCGGCAUGGCGUUAUGUUUUUUGUUCGCCGAUUAUCUGCUUUACAAACCAGUUUUGAUCUUUAACGGAGUGCUCGGAAUACUGAUGUACGUGAAUUUCAUCAAUUCGCCCAGCCGGUAUCAACUAUGGAUGGCCAUGUCUUGUCUGUCGCUGUACGGUUGUUUGGCAACGCAGUGCUACUGUUACGCGUACGCCAAAAUCCGGGACAAACGCCACUAUCAAAUGGCGACCAGCUACGUUAAAUCGGGUUGGAUGCUGGGCAUGUUCGUUUCCGGGCUUGUCGGCCAGCUGGUGGUCAUGCUGGACCACGGUCGCUGCACGGUUUUGCCAUACCUAGGCCUUUUCAGCGUGACGUUAGCGUCUGCGUUGGCUUGGCUUCUGCCUCCGGUACAGCACAGUAACUUCUUGCACAACGUGCUGGAAAAACCCAUCGACCCGGUUUCUGUCAAGACCGCGUUGUUCGACGACAUCAUCGACAAGCCCAAGUGCUAUUACGCGGUGGACGAACAAAGCAAAAAAAAGCAACAUCAAUCGUCAACUCUGGUAAAUGUAAUCAAGUGCCUCUGCGAGGACUUCAAAGUGUCGUAUUCCGACCAGGCCAUUAGGAAAUGGUCAAUUUGGUACAUGUCGGCUUUCGCUUUGCACAUGCAAAUUAAUUUAAACAUAAGCGUUCUGUUUACAUACAACGAAAACCAGACCGGAAACAACGUCUUGCAGUUAAACGGGCUUGUGUCAUCCUUAAUGACCUUAAGCGCGGCAUUUUCCAUCUACAAAAUAGGCAAGGUUAAGUAUGACUGGGGCAGUUGUAGUAACACGUUCCUAGGGCUCGGUUCAAUCGUACUGGGAGUGCUGCUGAUACUUUGCAGUUUCGUGCGACAAAAUGUUUAUGUUUACAUAAUGUACAUUUGCUAUAACGUGCUGUUCGAGACUAUGAACGUAAUACUCCAUUCUCAAAUCGCUGAAAACAUAAAGAACGACUGCUUUUCUUUGGUCAUGGGCUUCAAUGGGUUCAUCGCUACUUGUCUGUGUGCAUUUUGUACGGUCGUUUCUGUGAACAUGUACAGCAUCACAAUUCCUCACCAGUAUUUUUUCUACGGUGGAAUGUUCGUUCUUCUUGCUGUUAUGUACUUGUGGAAUUACUUAUAUGAUUCGUGGAAAACAGUUAUGCCGAAAAAAACUGGCCGCGACACGAGUUAUAACAAUAUGGAAUAAAAUCAAAAUACAUCCGCAGAGGCGUUUCGCUUGUAUUCAACAAUACCGUUUUGGAAAUAAUAAUAUAUUUUGUGUAAAUAUAAAUGUAAAUACAAAA